GCACGGUUAAGAUAGGGCUAUGGCUUGUCGUAACGGGCGACAUGGAGUCUAUGACAUUUCAAUAAUCGCCCCGCUGGUAUACUUAAACACUUAUUAUUUACCGUCAAUAGUCUCAAUGACUUGAUAUCAGAGAUGCUCAUUUAACUCAACUGCAGCAAUGCCUUGGGAUCGACGAUAACAAUCCGAAGUUAUCUCACUGCGACAACUUCCUUUAAGGGUGGGACACAUGUGCAAUAAGAAGUUUCAAAGUGAUGGCUGUUUAACCAAGUGUUGUCAUCGAUGCGCAACAUUUGACUCAACAACCGCAACUUUGAAGCUUCACUUCGAACGUGAGUCCACGGCUUUACGCGUGGAGUAACCCCUUACUCUUUAAAUUGACUGCGUUUUCAAAAUGUUUUAAGAUGCUGUUCUGAAGGAUUCACGAACCCAUCUACCUCGUAACUUUCAAAGUUCAAUACAAAGGCCGCCGUGAAAUGUCCCGCUGAUGAUCAUAAAGUCACCCCUUCAGAAAUUUUUUAAAUUUGAGUAUGCCACCGACUGUGCUUACAGCACACUAGGAAAUGGCUUCGUGGCUCUCGUUAUUCGUCGGGUGCCUGUUUCUGCUGAAUCUGCGGGGUAAUGACUACGAAAAAUUAAAAAAUCAAGAUGCGGAGUGCAAAAACACGUUUCUCGAACUUUACGCCACCAAAUUAUACGUCGACAAGUCCACCUUCAUCAGAGACUUCAUCACGAUGGACAUAGACCUCGUCCUACUAACUUUCCCACCGAAGUGGGGUAAAACCGUAGCCGUCGACAUGCUCCGUGCCUUUCUCCAAAUGAACGUCGACGAAAACGGCAAUCAGGUCACGAGCUCACCCGAUAUGUUCACCGAUCCUAACCUCAAAAUAUCCCGCCACCAAGCUUUGAUCGCCGCCCAUCACAGGCAGCACCCCGUUAUCCACGUCUCUUUCCACGACGUGGAAGGUACCACCGUCGAGUCGAUGCUCCCUCCACUGACAGAGGCAAUCGCCCGCGCUUUCGACCAUCACUACUACAUGCAGAAAGUCUUCUCUCGGGCCGCAGUCAACGCGUCCGCCGAUGACGUCAUCAGGACCAACGCGCGGUACCACCUGCACACCUUCGAGCAGAUCCGAAACCGGACCGCGGACUGGAAAACGCUGAAAACCGGUUUGCACAUGCUCGCAGAUACACUCCACGCGCACUUCGGGAAGAAGGUGUGGAUACUGAUCGACGCCUACGAUCACCCGAUAGACAUCGGCCAAACGCAAGACCUCGCGGAGGCGGACGUCAAGAUGGACUAUCUCCGCGAUCUCCUCCAAGAGACGUUCAAAGACAACACCCACCUCCACAAAGCGCUGCUCUCGGGGGUGAUGCGAGUGGCGAAGCUCAACAACUUCUACGGACUCAGCAGCGUGGUGGAGACCGACAUGCACCUCAACCACUUCCUCGACGACUUCGGGCUCAAGGAAACAGAGGUGGACGCGCUGUUCGCAGCCCACAAUCUGACCGGAAACCUGGUGCAAGAGGCGAAGGGGUGGUACAAGGGCUACGGGAUAAGCUCCCACGUUAACAGAGUGGAGAUCGUCGUCUACAACCCUUACUCCAUCGCGCAGUUCAUAAAAAACAAGAACGUCACCCACUACUGGGUCCAGACCCAGAGUGUGGACAUCCUGGGGAACCUCUUCAAGUCGAGUGAGAUGGAGGCGGUGUUUUUCAGACUCCUGAGUGGGGAGAGCCCGAAGGUUGUUCUCGAGGAUCAGGUUUUCUCCUCGGAGGAGCUACAUUUGAUUCACGGCGCUCUCACAGCCCCUAGUGAAAACGCAAAACGCGACCUCUACUUACGAUACCUCUUCGUGGCGGGGUAUUUGACGCUCGACAGCGAGUUCGACGUCGACGAGGAGGCGGCGCAUCUGCGGAUCGCGAACAAGGAGAUCGAGGCGGAGGUGACCGAUAAGCUUUUGAGUUUCCACCAGGUCAAGUACCGGAUCGAUAGGUGCGUGUUGAGGCGGGUCAGGGAGGAGUUCCGCUACGUGCAGAGCCGCUACGACACGGGGAGGUUCAAGAGCGCCCUCGAGGAGCUCUUCUUCGCGUACUCCAAGUUCCCGCGGUCGACGGAGGCGGCGCUGAACGCGGCGGUGCUGACGCUCAAGUCGGCGCAACGCUACGGCGAAGCGUACUUCCGGAGGUGGACGGACAUGGGGGACGGCGAGAACGGGCCGCGGCCGAGCGUGGCGGCGGUCAACGUGGAGCUGAGAUCCGGGGUGGCGCUGGAGAUGCGGUUCAACCAGUCGGUGAGCGUGGCGCUCAGCUGGGCCGGCGAGAGCGCCAAGGCGUUGUGGCACAGACACGCCGUGAGGAAGGUCAGGGUCCUGGGGGUGCGAGUGCUGCCGGACAUGACGGUGGUUAUCGAACCUGGGAGGUGGGAGUUUUAUGGCGGCGGUUGAGAGGACGAAAUCAACGUGAGGAAAAGGUAUGGGUUUUUCACACUGGAAAA